UGAAUUAAAUAGUACAUAAAAAAAAUCUGGAAUUACAGGUUUUGAAUUUUCUCAUUAAAGGCAACAUAUAUGCGCACCCAAUUUGAUUUUAUAGUUAAACAAAAUUUCACAAUUAAACCUUUCAAUAAGAAACGAUGUCGUUUCUCCGAAAACACUUCAACAUUUCCUUUAAUUCCCUUUCUAUCCUUCGCGGCAAAACCCUAACAUCAAAACCCUUCCCCGACAAUCCCACCGCCACCUACUACGACAACCUCGCUGCCGACGUAGCAAACUCCGGCGAGUUCGAUUCUCUCCGAGAUCUCCUCAACAAACGCAUCCAAGACGGUUUCUUCAACACAAAACGAACUUUCAGUUUCAUCACCAACACAAAUUUCUCACCUUCCUUCCUCAACGACGUCGUAACAACACUCUCUCAUCUCAACCCUGGUUUCACGCGCCGAAACGCCUUCGAUUCCCUCGUCACGCGCCUCUGCAAGCUUCACCGCGUAGACGACGCACUUCACGUUAUUGAAUCUAUGUCACGCGUGGGCGAAUGUAACCUAAGCCCAUGCACGUUCCACCCAAUCCUCAACCUACUAACAAGAGAAAAAUCACUCGACCACGCGCGGCGCGUGGUCGAGUCCAUGGCUCGACUCGGCGUGCCGCUCGACUUGACGGGUCACAAUUUUUUUCUCACGGCGCAUUGUUUCAUCGGCGACGUCAAUGCGGCGGUCGGUGUUUUGAAAAAGAUGGAGGAGGAAGGGUUUUGUGCGGACGCGCGGACUUACGACGCGCUUGUGUUGGGCGCGUGUAGAAAAGGAAAGGUGGAUUGUGCUAUGGUGGUGGUGAGGAGGAUGGUGGACGAUGGAGUGCCGAUGUUGUAUUCGACACAUAUGUAUGUGAUUGAAGGUUUGUUGAAGAUGAAUUGUUGUGAAGAAGCUAUGAAGUAUGUGAGGUUGUUUAGUGGGAAAGAUAAGGCUUUGGAUUGUGAGCUUUUUGGGUGUUUGGGUAAUAAACUUGUAGGGUUGAAUAGAGUGAAAGAGGCUAUGUUUGUUUUGGAUGAAAUGGAAAAAAGGGGUUUGUCAAUGGGUUAUAAAUUGAAGAAUUUUUAUGAAAUGAAUUUAGGAGAAGAAAAUGAUGGUAAAUUAUUGAAAGAGUAGUGAUUGAUUGAUAGUGGAGUAGUAGGAUGAAGGAAUGAAGUUUAGAAAAAUGGAUUCUCUACAGCUAAUUUUAUGGUACAGUUGAAUUGUGGGGGUUCAACCCUGAAUAUAGUGGGUGGGGUUGUGGUGAAAAUGAAGUUGGAAUUGUUAUAUUGUGUGUUUUAAGCGAAUAUAGUAUUGCAAUGGUGAAAUAAUGUAAGGUAUUAUUUUGUGUGUUUUAAGCAGAGAUACUAUUUUGCAUCAGCAAAAGAAGUUAUGCGGUUGAAUGGCACAACAAAAUCCUCUUUAGCUAAUCAUAUAGCUGAAACUGUUGCUGGAGCUGUAACAAUAAGGGCUUUUGAGGAGGAAGAUAGUUCUGUUGAAAUUGUUGAAUGCAGUUGUACUCACUGCUGCAGCACUUUGCCUGGUUAUGCUCCCCCUUCAAACUUUUCCCUCAGGCUGUGGUGCUGAUAUACAUGUCAUGUAAAAAUUGAAAGUGCGGAUUCUAUACCAAAUUUGAAUUCAAUUAUCACUGCAUCUGAUGGGGUGCUAGUCUAGGCCUUGCAUUAUUAUUAUCAUUAUUUCUUUAUGCUUGCUGCAUCAAUGUAUUUUCGUCGGUGGUUUAUGAUAGUUAAUCGAGUUUGUGGAGUGCUUACGUGCUGGUUGUUAAUGUUGACCUGUCUACUUUUGCCUUCUUGUUUAGGCUAUGGUUGCUAGAGGAGAUAUUGGUGAUCAGCUCGCUAUUGAAGAGGUUCCUCUCUUUUGCAGGUAAAGAUGGUUAUUCACAUUAGAUAGAUAAUGGAUAUGACUUGAAAAUGUGUACUUGAAAAUGUGUUUAAAAGUGAGAGACAUUCCUCUCCCGACGAGCUGUUUUUCUAAGGAUGGGUUAGAUCCAAUGUAAAAUGUAACACAGUCUUUUUAAGAUUUGUUGGGUGAACUGCUAUGUCGGCCACUCGGGUGACACUAGAAAAAAUAUGACUUUUGGGAAAAAAGUUUAUCAGUUUUAGACUAAA